AUGCGUUCGAGUCGACUAUUAAAAUGGCGCCGUGUACAGAAAAUGGAGACUCUCCAGGACCUUAUUCCAUCUCUACCUGCAGCUCCAUUGACAUCUCCUCUAUUUACCGUCUUUCCCGCCGAAAUCCGCAAUCGCAUCUAUACGUUUGCCCUUGAGUCCGAGGAUGUUCUCACAGACGACCGUUCUCGCUCCCUCUAUAAGCAAAAUGCUUUCUACUACCGGCCCGGAUACAAGCAGCCCAAGCGCAUCCAGACUGCACUCCUCCAGACAUGCCAGCAAAUCUACGCUGAGGCGUCCCUCCUCCCAUCGGCAGUAAAUGAACAUACAUUUUGGUUCUAUCGAUCUCCGCCACAUGUCAAGGAUGCCUCGUCACCGCUGAAUUAUUUUCGCAAGAUGGCCCCAAAACAGCGGGCUCAGGUGCAGCAUUUACACCUGUUCACUCAGCAGUAUUUUCUAGAAGACGAUCAUUGGUCUCAGAUAUGGGACGGGCUAAAGAUAGGCGACGACGGGAGCAAUUUACGCAAGGGGUGCAGCAUCGCUCCGAAGAAAAUGACCAUCACGUUUCGCCAUACGGACUGGUGGUACUGGGAGAACGAUGAGCUUCUAGGCAUCGAUCCGUUCCGGCCUGGGAGAACCUGCGCUGCCGAUAUGGGCCAGGUUGUUUCCCCACAAUCCGCAGCGCGAUCAUGGGGGAAUCAAUUUAGCUCUCUUCCUUGUCUUGAGGAGUUGGUCAUCGAGUUCGAGACAAUUAUGCGGAAGAGGGACCAGCUAAAUGCCAUCAUACAACAAGCUCUCGAGUGGAAAUUUCCCAUACAGGCUGACAAGAGCUUGUAUCUGGUUGCUGAGCCCAAGUCGAAGAGCGUAUAUACUUGGUCUGGGGCGAAAGAGGCGGAUUUGAAAAGACAGACACCUGCAUGGCCGGUUGAUACUGAGGCCGGGUUGGAAUCGCAACCCGGCCCGGAACAAGACCCGGCUCAUACGGCCCCGGCGUUGGUGCCAUUUGAUCAUCAAUCCAACUCGGGCACAAGCGGCGACAUAAGUCUUGGAAAUCUCACCCAUCAUAACGAAAAUGCGGAGAUGUACUAUGUUGUCUUCUUGACUUGGAGGAAGCAGCGAGUCCAGGAAUAG